AAGAGGCUCGCUGGGGUCUGCGGGCGACCUGCUAGGGCGCGGGCGGUGAGGGGGCGCUGCCGAGUGCCUGCAGGCGACCCUGCUCAGGGAAAGUCGGCCGCGGAGACGUGCUCCUGGACGCCGCCGCCUCACAAUGAACGACCUGGACACGGAGGUGCUGCCCUUGCCGCCCAGGUACCGAUUCCGUGACCUGCUUCUAGGAGACCAGCCAUUCCCGAACGACGAUAGGCUUCCUGUGGAAGAUCUCAGCCUGGACUCUUCCCUUUCUCAGGUCCAGGUGGAGUUCUAUGUCAAUGAGAACACCUUCAAAGAGCGGCUCAAGCUGUUCUUCAUCAAAAACCAAAGAUCCAGCCUGAGGAUCCGGCUGUUCAACUUCUCCCUCAAGCUCCUCACCUGCCUGCUGUAUAUCGUCCGUGUCCUGCUCGACAACCCAGACCAGGGCAUCGGAUGCUGGGGCUGCGAGAAGUAUAACUACACUUUCAAUGGCUCAUCCUCUGAGUUCCACUGGGCUCCCAUCCUGUGGGUGGAGAGGAAAAUGGCUCUGUGGGUGAUCCAGGUCAUUGUGGCCACAAUAAGCUUCUUAGAGACCAUGCUCCUCAUUUACCUCAGCUACAAAGGCAACAUCUGGGAGCAGAUAUUCCAUGUGUCUUUCGUCUUGGAGAUGAUCAACACACUGCCCUUCAUCAUCACGGUCUUCUGGCCACCUCUUCGGAACCUGUUCAUCCCCGUGUUUCUCAACUGCUGGCUGGCCAAGCAUGCACUGGAGAACAUGAUCAAUGACUUCCACCGCGCCAUCCUACGCACACAGUCAGCCAUGUUCAACCAGGUGCUCAUCCUGUUCUGCACCCUGCUGUGCCUGGUCUUCACAGGGACUUGUGGGAUUCAGCACCUGGAGCGAGCAGGUGGCAACUUGAACCUGCUGACCUCCUUCUACUUCUGCAUCGUGACUUUCUCAACUGUGGGCUUUGGUGAUGUGACGCCCAAGAUCUGGCCAUCCCAGCUCCUGGUGGUCAUCCUGAUCUGUGUCACCCUUGUGGUGCUCCCACUGCAGUUUGAAGAGCUUGUCUACCUCUGGAUGGAGCGUCAGAAGUCAGGGGGCAACUAUAGCCGCCACCGAGCACGGACGGAGAAGCACGUAGUCCUGUGUGUGAGCUCCCUCAAGAUCGAUCUCCUCAUGGAUUUCCUGAAUGAGUUCUAUGCCCAUCCCCGGCUCCAGGACUACUAUGUGGUCAUCCUGUGUCCCUCUGAAAUGGAUGUCCAGGUACGCAGGGUGCUGCAGAUUCCCCUGUGGUCCCAGCGGGUCAUCUACCUCCAGGGCUCUGCCCUCAAGGACCAGGACCUCAUGCGAGCCAAGAUGGACAACGGAGAGGCCUGCUUUAUCCUCAGCAGCAGAAAUGAGGUGGACCGCACAGCUGCGGAUCACCAGACCAUCCUUCGAGCCUGGGCUGUGAAGGACUUUGCCCCCAACUGCCCCCUCUAUGUGCAGAUCCUCAAGCCCGAAAACAAGUUUCACGUCAAAUUUGCUGACCACGUGGUAUGCGAGGAAGAGUGCAAGUACGCCAUGCUGGCCCUGAACUGCAUCUGCCCGGCCACCUCCACCCUCAUCACCCUGCUGGUGCACACGUCCCGUGGCCAGGAAGGACAGGAGUCUCCCGAGCAGUGGCAGCGCAUGUACGGGCGGUGCUCGGGCAACGAGGUGUACCACAUUCGCAUGGGUGACAGUAAAUUCUUCCGGGAGUAUGAGGGCAAGAGUUUCACCUACGCAGCCUUCCACGCGCACAAGAAGUAUGGGGUGUGCCUCAUCGGACUGAAGCGUGAGGAGAACAAGAGUAUCUUGCUGAACCCAGGACCACGGCACAUCCUGGCUGCCUCCGACACCUGCUUCUAUAUCAAUAUUACCAAGGAGGAGAACUCAGCUUUCAUCUUCAAACAGGAGGAGAAGCAGAAGAGGCGGGGCCUUGCAGGGCAGGCACUAUAUGAAGGGCCCUCCCGGCUCCCAGUGCAUAGCAUCAUCGCCUCUAUGGGGACAGUGGCCAUGGACCUGCAGAACACAGAUUGCCGGCCCUCCCAGGGUGGCAUUGGCGGGGAUGGCAGCAAGCUGACUCUGCCCACCGAGAACGGCUCUGGUAGUCGACGCCCCAGCAUCGCACCCGUUCUGGAGUUGGCAGACAGCUCAGCCCUGUUGCCCUGCGACCUGCUGAGUGACCAGUCAGAGGAUGAGGUGACGCCCUCGGACGAUGAGGGGCUCUCUGUGGUUGAGUACGUGAAGGGCUAUCCCCCCAACUCACCCUACAUUGGCAGCUCCCCGACUUUAUGCCACCUCCUGCCUGUGAAGGCCCCCUUCUGCUGCCUGCGACUGGACAAGGGCUGCAAACACAACAGCUACGAGGAUGCCAAAGCCUAUGGGUUCAAGAACAAGCUAAUUAUUGUCUCUGCUGAGACGGCAGGCAACGGGCUCUACAACUUCAUUGUGCCUCUGCGUGCCUACUACCGGUCCCGCCGGGAGCUCAACCCUAUCGUGUUGCUGCUUGACAACAAGCCUGACCACCACUUCCUGGAGGCCAUCUGCUGCUUCCCCAUGGUCUACUACAUGGAGGGAUCCGUGGACAACCUGGACAGCUUACUGCAGUGUGGCAUUAUCUAUGCUGACAACCUGGUGGUGGUGGACAAGGAGAGUACCAUGAGCGCCGAAGAGGACUACAUGGCAGAUGCCAAAACUAUUGUCAAUGUGCAAACCAUGUUCCGGCUUUUCCCCAGUCUCAGCAUCACCACGGAGCUCACGCACCCUUCCAACAUGCGGUUCAUGCAGUUCCGUGCCAAGGACAGCUACUCUCUGGCUCUUUCCAAACUCGAAAAGCAAGAACGGGAGAAUGGCUCCAACCUGGCCUUCAUGUUCCGCCUGCCAUUUGCUGCUGGCCGAGUAUUUAGUAUCAGCAUGUUGGAUACACUGCUCUACCAGUCCUUCGUGAAGGACUACAUGAUCACCAUCACCAGGCUGCUGUUGGGCCUUGAUACUACACCAGGCUCCGGCUACCUCUGUGCUAUGAAGGUAACCGAGGAUGACCUGUGGAUCCGUACUUAUGGCCGCCUCUUCCAGAAACUCUGCUCCUCCAGCGCCGAGAUCCCCAUCGGCAUCUACAGGACCGAGUGCCAUGUCUUCUCCUCGGAGCCCCAUGACGUCAGAGCCCAGUCUCAGAUCUCGGUAAAUAUGGAGGACUGCGAGGACACUCGGGAGGCCAAGGGGCCCUGGAGCACACGGGCUGCAUCUGGCAGUGGCAGCACCCAUGGCCGUCACGGGGGCAGUGCCGACCCAGUGGAGCACCCAGUACUUCGUCGCAAGAGCCUGCAGUGGGCCCGCAAGCUGAGUCGCAAGAGCACCAAGCAGGUGGGGAAGGCACCCGUGGCCACAGACUGGAUCACCCAGCAGCGGCUCAGCCUGUACCGGCGCUCGGAGCGCCAGGAGCUCUCGGAGCUGGUCAAGAACCGAAUGAAGCACCUGGGACUGCCCACCACUGGCUAUGAGGACGUAGCAAAUUUAACAGCCAGUGAUGUGAUGAAUCGGGUAAACCUGGGAUAUUUGCAAGAUGAGAUGAACGAUCAUCACCAGAACACCCUUUCCUAUGUACUCAUCAACCCCCCUCCAGACACAAGACUGGAGCCCAAUGAUAUUGUGUACCUCAUCCGUUCCGACCCCCUGGCCCAUGUGGCCAGCAGCUCCCAGAGUCGGAAAAGCAGCUGCAGCAACAAGCUCUCUUCUUGUAAUCCAGAGACCCGGGAUGAGACCCAGCUCUGAGCCCUGUGCUGGGGCAAACAGGAGGACGCAGGAGAAGAGAGGAGACACUGUCACAGGCUGGCCUGGCCCAAGCAGGCUGGCUGCAUUAUGACUUUAUACAUAUACAGUGACUCCAAGACUUGCCCCCAGAAAGGAAAUCCUCUCAGUGGGGCCAGUUGUGAGACCACUGGACCACUCUGGGAAGUGGCAUGAAGCAUUUUUUUUAACCUAUUUUUACAAAUCUGAAUGAUUUGCAUCUCUUUACAUAGCUGUACCACAACUCGUGACUGGGGUCUGGCUAAAGUGUGAGGCAAGCAGACAGAACAGGGACUGGACACUAUCCUGGAUCCCUCCGUCUUGCAUGGCUUCACUCAGCAGUUUCUGAAGGGGUGCUGGGGUGCAUGGGAGAAGUAAAGACCUGGAACCAGAGGGGGCUGGGGAGUCCUCCUGCAUGGAAGCCAGCUGUGUUCUCUAGCCAUUCAGCAUGCUGUUCUGAUCAGUUUCUGCGUGGUUCUGAGACUACAUCAGGGAUGGGGUGCCUCUCCCCAGAACCAGGCAAGGGGCCAACCAGUAAAGGUGCCAUGCCCUUUAAGAGGGGAAAAACAGAGGGGCUUAGAAACCUAGUCAGGAGAGCCCCAUCCUGAGUCUGAGUUCUGCAGUCCCUGCAUGGGGAGGGGACCACGGGAUCGUCCAGAGGUCCUGAGCUGUGGAUGGAAGUCAGAUGCCGUUUCUAGCUCUCACACUUGAGCUUCCCUAGCCAUGGCCUUUGGGGACACCGAACUGGCAGAUGAUGUGUCUCCACAGACCAUUUCACACUGAAACUCUUGUCUCUAAACUCCUGAUCUGAGAAGCACAAUUAGCUCUGGGCCCUGGUCAUGCCUCAGGUCUCCAGGGAUUGCUCCAGGCAGCCAAUUUCAUUCCUGUUUAUGGUUUGUAUGAUCAGAACUGGAACCUUCUAUUAAAAUGGAUACAUCCUGCAGGCAUGCAUGGAACAAGGCAGCCCACCAUGGCUCUGGAAUGGUGGGUGUGGAGACAGCUGAGGCUCACCUGUUUUAGGGUUAGAAUUGUAUCCCUCACCCCAGACUUCACAGACUAGCUCCCAACCUCUGAGAUGGCCAGCCCGGCCUUCCCAAACAGUAAUGAAAUCCUCUGUGGCUGCAGGUGGCUGGGCCUCAGCAGCUGCCCCAAGGUGUGUGGGGAUGUGAUCCUCAGAGGAGCCCUUGGCAAGCUUUCUAUCAGUUUCCCCCUAUGGUUCAGCAUGUCCCAGAGAUAGGCACAACUCAUUUAAGGUCCUGGAGAUCCACCCUCAUGCCACACCUGGGAGGAAGGUGCCCCUGAUGCGACUAUGUGAACUUCCCCCUUAAGUGUCCUGAAAGGUUGGGGUGAAGGGAUGGACCAAAGGGCCCACACUUCCUCAGCCAGAGCAGAUGGAACCUCAGGUGAGCAGGCGAUAAGGGUCAAGGCAGUUGCUGUAGCUUGCUGGAGAGUACUUGCACCUACGUGUCCCCGUCCCAUAACCUCCUGCAGAUCCAGCCUUCCGACUGCCACUCCGUGCCUGUUGGAACUUUCUUGUUCACGAAGUAUGCAUGAGUCCUGGUGAGGUGUAAUGGGUCAACGCUGGCUGUAAGGACUCAGGGAAGAAGUUUUGGGGCUUGGGUAGAGAAGCAGGCGGUUCGCACAGGGCUUGGCUGGCCAGGACUUAUCUAGGCUGGGGUCUGUCAGUGGCCAUCGCUCUGGAGCAGGAGAGGUCUGAGUCUAUGCUCACAUUCUAUCUCCCUGCUCAGCCCUCUGCCAGGCUGCUGAGCCCAGAGAAAGAGGGAAACUGGUCUUCAUCUAGAUGGGACUAAGUAGCCUUCAAGUCCAUGCUGGAAGAGCUGCCACUUCUGAGGCACCUUGGGGAAAGCCACGUGCUCCAUGCCCUGUCAGGAUGUGCUCAUCUGCAGCAUGGAAAUACAUUUUCAGUCUCUAACAGUGUGUCGGGAGGGUGCUCCUCCCACAGUUAUAGACAGAUGCUUCCAGCCCAGCCUUUGCUAGCUUUUAAAGAUGCCCAGCCCUGGGACUGGUACUUGGGACUGGUACCAGGAGGAUUUGUGUGCCGAGAUGCCAGUCACCAGAUCAAUAAAAGCCACCUGCACACCUGGAA